GGAGCGGAGAGUGGCACUUCCGGCGGGUGACCCUGGUUAGUCCUCUCGUACCGCCAUGGGGCUGCGAGACACCGUUGUUCAUGCCGGGGAGCCCGAGGAGGAAGAGGAGGAGGAGCUGGUGGACCCCCUCACCACGAUCAGGGAGCACUGUGAGCAGACGGAGAAGUGUGUGAAGGCCCGGGAGCGCCUGGAGCUGUGCGAUGCGCGGGUGUCCUCUCGGUCCCACACAGAGGAGCAGUGCACGGAGGAGCUCUUCGACUUUCUGCAUGCUCGGGACCACUGUGUUGCCCACAAACUCUUCAAUAAGCUGAAGUGAAUGCAGGAGUGAUUGUCCAUCUGCUUCUAUAGUCCAUCAGAAGAGCCUUGUCGGUGCACAGUACUGCUUCUGCCUGUUUAUUGCCAAUGUGAAGUACAAACAAAGUGGCUUCCUGGCAGUGACUGAGCACCAGAAUGUCGCUGUGUCUGUUCUCAUUGAAGAUGUGCAGCUACACAAAAACCAUGUGGAUGUUCUGUAAUUUUCCAUAUUAAACAUUUGAAGUUCCUGUGGAAA